CACAGGUUCAGUUACUCUAUAGUCUAUACAAUUGUUGCCUUUUUUUAAUACAGUUUUGAGUGAUGAUUAAUUAACUCAUUUAUGGUCAACAAUGUAAAAAGUUCUCAUUUUUUAUGUAUUUUUUCAUCGUUUUGUUGGCUGUCUUUUUGUUUCCUUAAAAUGGGCUUUCUUGAUUCUGAAUGCUUCAUGUGAAAGUUCGUUCAUCCCUUUAUUGCCAAGUUACUCUCGGUGUUUUGGGGGUUUUAGAUUUGAAUUAGGAGUUGGGUUUUUGCAAAUUUCUUUUUCUUUUUCCCUUUCCAAUCUUUUCCAAAUAUUUUGUUAUACUUUAGACUUUAGAGUGAUGUUGGCCUUUUAUUGUCAUUUCCUCAGACUCUUCUUCAGAAUUUAUUUAUUCUAAGUUUGACCCUUCAUGGCUUUGCCGCAGGAUUUAAUGGUGACACAGUUUCGUGUUGGAUUGCCUUAUUAUUCAGUUAGAGAAGUUCUUUGAUGGUAUAUUUGCGAAAUGUCUAUCCUGCUGACCGCAAUCUUAGGGUGGUAAAGGGAAACUUUUUUUGUUUAAUCAUCAUUGAAGUCAUCAUAUUUCAUCAAUUUUCGAGUCAAGGAGAUUUCUUGAAUCUGAGAGCGCAUGACGAGGGUAACAUUGGAUAUGUUAAAACAUCGGUUAUGCAAAUUUGGCUCCAUUCUCCCAUAAACAUUUCGUGAGCAAGGUCUUGGAAAUUGUUGAACGGUCUGCUGUCAAAGUGACACUUGUCCACUUACGUUUUUUUUGUGAACACAGAACGAAAUCAGAUUCACCACGAGUUUAUUAGUACUUCUGUGGUAAUAUAUAGCCACUCGAGAGUUAACAAGCAAACAGUUUCUUUAUGCUCUAAAGAAUGGGGCAUCCUGCUGCAGUUUGGGACCAUAAGGCUUCACUUGAGUUGACAAAAGAUUGGAAUGGAAUUGAACAAGUCGUGCUUCGAAACCCUCAGGGGGCGUCGGCAAGAGUAAGUCUGCACGGAGGACAGGUUAUCUCGUGGAGAAAUGAUAGAGGUGAAGAACAUCUGUUCACUAGUAGUAAGGCCAUAUUUAAGUCUCCAAAAGCAAUGCGCGGAGGAAUUUCCGUUUGCUUUCCACAGUUUGGAAACUGUGGUUCGGUUGAUCAGCAUGGAUUUGCGAGGAACAAAAUUUGGACCAUCGAGGAUGAUCCUCCUCCAUUGCAUGCUAGUGAUUCUCUUGGCAAAUCUUUUGUUGAUUUAUUACUCAAACCAGCCGAAGAAGAUCUCAAGUGCUGGCCUCAUGGCUUUGAAUUUCGCCUCCGAGUCUCUCUAACAUCAGUUGGAAACUUGAUGUUAGUAUCUCGUAUCAGGAACAUAAAUGGGAAACCUUUCAGUUUCUCGUUCGGCUAUCACACGCACUUUUCUGUUUCUGACAUAAGUGAAGUGAGGAUAGAAGGUUUGGAAACUCUCGAUUAUCUGGACAAUCUCUGUCAGAAAGAACGCUUUACCGAGCAAGGUGAUGCCAUUACAUUUGAAUCAGAGGUAGACCGUGUUUAUCUAAGCUCACCACAGUGCGUUGCUGUUCUGGAUCACGAGAGGAAGCGAACAUAUGCAAUGAGAAAGGAAGGGCUACCAGAUAUUGUUGUUUGGAAUCCAUGGGAGAAAAAGUCGAAAGCAAUGGCAGAUUUUGGGGAUGAAGAAUACAAACAGAUGCUUUGUGUAGAUGCAGCAGCAGUAGAAAAGAACAUCACUUUGAAGCCUGGGGAGGAAUGGACGGGCAGGAUUGAACUUGCAGCUGUGCCCUCCACCUUUUGCUCUGAUGAUCUCCAUCCACAAUUCAACUUCUUCUGACCAAUAUCUCAUCAAAAUUUCAACCUCUAUACAUCGUAGUGACUCGUUUAAUAAUUAAAGAAGCCCAUGGUUUUUGGAGAUGGCUGCUACCAUUUAGAUUGUGUCUUCGCGUUUCUUUUUUUUCUCUUUGUUUUUGCCUUUUUCUUUUCUGUUUGCUGUCCUUCCUUUUGCUGAAAAGCUUGGUUGUAGCAAAUCUUUGAAGGCAUUUUGAUUCUUUAUGAGAAAUAAUAUUCAUAUGUUGGUUAAUGUAUGGCUGUUAGAAUAUUUGUCCUGAGAUUAGUGUAAUUAUGGAAGAGCUCCUUUGAUCUCCUAAAAGUUAAUUUUACAAUAAUAAGGUUAAAACAUGAG